CUUCCCCUCCCCUCUUCAACUUCUUCUUGUCUACUAUUCCUCUCUCUAUCUCUAUACCCCUCUAGACACUUUCUUGUCUUCAUCUUCUCUUCAUCUUCUUUAUACCUCAACCCUCUCUCUCCUCCCCCCCCAGAAUCUAUUCAAGAUGACUGCCAACGGAUCUACCCCCGGUGGCCACCACAACCAGGGCACCUUCCUGUUCACCUCCGAGUCCGUCGGUGAGGGUCACCCAGACAAGAUCGCUGAUCAGGUCUCCGAUGCCAUCCUCGAUGCCUGCUUGACCGACGACCCUCUCUCCAAGGUCGCUUGCGAGACCGCUACCAAGACUGGUAUGGUCAUGGUCUUCGGUGAGAUCACCACCAAGACCAAGCUUGACUACCAGAAGGUCAUCCGUGGUGCCAUCAAGGACAUCGGUUACGAUGACUCCGCAAAGGGCUUCGACUACAAGACCUGCAACGUCCUCGUUGCCAUUGAGGAGCAGUCCCCCGAUAUCGCCCAGGGUCUUCACUACGAGCAGGCUCUUGAGCAGCUCGGUGCUGGUGACCAGGGUAUCAUGUUCGGUUAUGCCACUGAUGAGACCCCUGAGCUCUUCCCAUUGACCCUUCAAUUGGCACACAAGCUUAACGCUGAGAUGAGCGCUUCCCGCCGUGAUGGCUCCAUCCCAUGGUUGAGGCCCGACACCAAGACCCAGGUCACCAUUGAGUACAAGCACGACAACGGUGCCGUUGUCCCUCUCAGAGUCCACACCGUUGUCGUCUCUGCCCAGCACGCCGAGACCAUCACCACUGAGCAGCUCCGCAAGGAGAUCCUCGAGAAGGUCAUCAAGAAGGUCAUCCCCGCCAAGUACCUUGACGACCAGACCAUCUACCACAUCCAACCCUCUGGACUCUUCAUCAUCGGUGGCCCACAGGGUGAUGCCGGUCUGACUGGCCGCAAGAUCAUCGUUGACACAUACGGUGGAUGGGGAGCUCACGGAGGUGGUGCUUUCUCCGGAAAGGAUUUCUCCAAGGUCGACCGCUCCGCCGCCUACGUCGCCCGCUGGAUCGCCAAGUCCCUCGUCAACGCCAAGCUUGCCCGCCGCUGCCUCGUCCAGCUGUCGUACGCCAUCGGUGUCGCUGAGCCCCUCUCCAUCUUCGUCGACUCGUACGGAACCUCCGAGAAGACUUCCGACGAGCUUGAGAAGAUCAUCCGCGCCAACUUCGACCUCCGCCCGGGAGUGAUCGUCAAGGAGCUCGACCUGGCCAAGCCAAUCUACUUCCAGACCGCCAAGAACGGCCACUUCACCAACCAGAACUUCACCUGGGAGAAGCCGAAGACCCUCAAGUUCUAAGCGUCUUCGCUCAGACACAACCACACCACACCACAUCACACACAAAUAGUAAUAAUAGAUCCGAAAGGGACUCAACGUCUCUCUCCUCCUUACCUCCUCUUUUGACGACAACGGCCAUCUUCGAUCCCAUGAUGAUGACUGAUGACAUCUUGAACUUUUCCCUUAGAUUUUUCACACGCGGCGAAACGGGUCUAUAUGCACAGGGCGGCGGGGCGGUCUCAACGACUGCGGGGUUAUGUUAAGCGAAAUCUGCAUUUUAUUGAGUGUUGGCCUAUUUUAAAUGGUCAACUGUUUUUUUUCAUCAACGUUUUACUACAAAAAGCUUUCCGGGAAAAUCAUGAUAUUAUGUAUAUUGUGAUUAAUUUUUUGGAAAAGUCUUUCAACAUAGACCAUUUAGAACUUCGAGACGGGGGACACAGACAGGACAUUUUCUAUGCUUUUGAGCAACAAUUCGGCGUUCAACGGAGAAUUUCAACAUUUUCUCUGAUUAUGCAUAGCGGGUAGGACGGAAAGGGAAGGGAAAUGUCUGGCUGGUGCUCUGGGGAUGCGGGGGGUGUAUGUUGAUGUGCUUUUUUCUCUUUGCCUUGUGCGAGGGGGAAUGCACAGCGAGUUGGGGAUGUUAAGGCUUUUAUCUUUUCAUAUUCCGCCUUUUUCUUCUUCUGUUCCUACCUUCUGUAUAGGGGUGGGAUGGGGGGAAGGGGGUUGGGUAGCUGUGGUAGAUAGCUUUAAUAUCAGCUUGUCUCGAA